AUGGAGUCAGUCACCCAGAUCCUCGGCAACAUCCUCGAGAAUAAGUCGACCGGCACGCGUCGCUCAUCAACUUCCAACAGCCAAUCCUCACUGCAUCACCAUCACCAUUACCAACAGCAGGGCAUACCAUCGAAAAAACGCCGAUCGUUGGAUCUCGAUUUCAGCUCGUUCUGGCACGAUGAUGAAAACACGCCGAUUGCUGCUUCUGCUUCUGCUUUGGGCACGGGGUCGGGCUUCAAUGCCAAUGCCGGCGGAAGCGGCGGCGGUGGUGGUGGUACCACCAAUACUAGUGGCAGUGGCGGGUUAGCCUCGGCGAGCACAUUCUUCAACAUUGGCGGCGGCGGAGGUGGAGGCUCGGACUCGUCCAACCCAAACUAUAUAGCUGAUAAGCUCAUGGAAAAGUUUAUCGGCAUGGUUAUACCGACUGAAGUCAUUGAUGACCACACUACCAAAAUAUUGCAAGAACGGGCAGAUAUGGCCAAGACGCGGAAACCUUUAUCUUUCCCCGUUAUGCAGAAGCAAUCGAAUUUGCUACACCAGAGAAACUCAGACACCUACAUUUUCUUCAACAAGGUGUUGAAGUAUGUCAAUUGGUAUGACCCUUAUUAUACGUUGGGUGUCACUUUGAUUAUGACGCACGUGAUUCUCAAACCGGUGAUUUUAACCAUUUUGCCGUGUGUCUUUCUCAUGGUCAACACGUUGAUCCCGCACUAUUUGAUUAUAUUCCCACCGGACUCAAACUCGUUGGAUGAGUAUUUGGAAGUCAACCCUUAUCCACUGGAAAAGCCACUAGACACGUAUCUUGCGCCCAAACCAGUCGCGAUGUUUAGUAAGGAAUUUUUCAUGAAUCUCACUGAUACGCAGAAUUUCAUGCAGAUGAAUAUUUCCAUGUUUGAUUUCCAGGUGUGGCUAUUCACGGACUAUUUGUAUUUCAAGAAUGAAAAAGUAUCGUCGGUGAUUUUGAUUGGUUGUGUUUUGCUUACACUCAGCAACUUGUACACCAUGCCUUUGCUUUUCCGGUUUUUGAUGAAUAAUUUCUGGAUCGUGCAAACCAUAUUGAUCUUGCAAGUGUGGACGUUUAUCAUUGCCAUGCACCCGCAUUUGAGGGCAAAGAUUUUGCGGUGGAUCUAUGACGAUGAAACGCGAUUGGAUAUUCAAAACAAGGUUAACCAUAUUGAAGAUACCCUUACUUCGAUCUUGAUUAAUGACGGACCCAAGCUCAACGCGGAAGGUGAUCCAAAAGAUGUGCAAAAUGUGGAUUUGUUCGAGAGUAAGCUAGUUGAAGUAUACGAGUUGCAAAAACUCAACCGCGUGUCGAAUAUGUGGGAAUUGGUGGGGUUCACUGGUGACUUUUAUACUCGAAACGAUACAAUACGAAGAUUCAACAACUUGCACGCGAGGGACAAAGACCAUGGGAAAAGGGACUCUGACGCCGAUGAUGACCACCAAGGAAGGCUUCAAAUAGCCCAAGGUGAAACCUUGAGGGAAUUCAAAGCGCCAUUGGGCUAUAAAUACGCCAGCAGGAGUAAAUGGACAUUAGACUAUGAUGUCUCGCAAUGGGUCGAAGCCAAUUUAAUCAAGGAUAUAGUAUUCAUUGAUGACGACGAGAAAUGGGCCUAUGAUGUCGUGUUGCCCCUGGAUGCCGAAGUGGACACUAGCGAUGAAAAAAGUAACGAAAGUGAUGAGCAUGAUGAUGACAAACACGAUAAUGACGAAAUUAAUGAAUGGAGAUUGAAAAGAGAGACGAUGUUGGAUGAUGACAUUUACAGGAGACGCAGAUGGAUUAGGAGGGUGGUGAGAGAGACGUAUCUCGAUAAGGAGAGACCCGCGGUUCAGCCUUCGCAUUUAGCAGCGUGGGUAAGCUAA